AUGCCGGCUGAAGGCGUUCCACUGAAUCCGCACGCAAAUCUUUUGACUACUGAUGAAAUUAUCCAACUCGCGGAAAUUUUUGCAGCGAAUGGCGUGGAGAAAAUCCGCCUGACUGGUGGUGAACCAACCCUACGAAAGGAUUUGGUGGAUAUCGUUGCCCGAUUGUCCGCGAUCCGUGGAAUCCGUCAAAUUGGUCUCACCACGAAUGGGAUUGUGCUGGCUAGAAAGCUUGAGCAGCUGGUUGAGGCAGGCUUGACGAAGCUGAAC